AUGGAAUCGAAUCUUCCUCAGUUCAAGCUGAUUUUGGGAUCUUCUUCGAUUGCUCGACGUCAGAUACUAACAGACAUGGGAUACCAAUUCACUCUCAUGAGUGCUGAUAUUGAUGAGAAAAGCAUCCGCAAGGAGAAACCUGAAGACUUGGUUUUGGCUUUAGCAGAGGCAAAGGCUGAUGCUAUCGUGUCAAAACUACAAACUACAGAAUCUAAAGAUGAUGAAGAACAACCUACACUCUUGAUUGCAUCAGAUACAGCUGAAGCAAUCAUGCAGCGGAUCUCUGAUGAUGACAAGAUACAGGACGACAAGUCGACAAUACUUGUUACUUGUGACCAAGUUGUCGUCUAUGAAGAUGCCGUCAGAGAGAAACCUUCGAGUGCAGAAGAAGCAAGGGAAUACAUAAGAGGCUAUUCCAAGGGACACACAGCAACAGUAAGCUCUGUGGUUGUAACGAAUCUCAAAACAGGAUUCAGAAAAGGAGGCGUCGACAGAGUGGAGAUCCAUUUCAAUGAAAUAUCGGAGGAGAUUAUCGAGAAAUUGAUUGAGGAAGGCAUGGUGAUUAAGGUUGCUGGUGCACUUCUAAUAGAGCAUCCUCUAAUAUUGCCAUGCGUUAAGCAAGUGGUUGGCACAACAGAUAGCGUCAUGGGUCUGCCUAAAGAAUUGACUGAGAAACUUCUAAAACAAGUAGUGGCAAGCACAUAG